AUGAAGUACAUAUUUACCACCCUCGCCCUUGCGGCCGCCACCAUCGCUGCUCCAACAUACCAAGCACCAGAUUCAUUCAAGAUCAAGAGCGUUGUGUCCGGUGGCUCAGGAUGUCCUCAGGGCAGUAUCGACAUCAACUGGACCGAGAACGGCAUCAUGCCAAUUUACUUCAACAAGCAAUUUACAGCGCGGGUGGGAAACGGAAACGCUGCAGAAGACUCACGAAAGAACUGCCAGAUCAACCUCGGUCUCGAAUUCUCCCCCGGCUUCUCCUUCGCCAUCUUCAGCGCAGACUACACUGGCUGGGGUGAGCUGGACGGCGGUGUUACUGGUGUAGUAAAGUCGACAUACUACUUCUCCGGUCAACAAAGCCAGUCGACGUCAGCACUGAGUAUUCAAGGUCCUUUCAAUGGCAAAUACUUCAAGCAGGACAACGUGCCAGCUGCAGUCUGGUCACCAUGUGGUAGCGAUGCCGCUUUCAACAUCAACAGCGAGGUCGCCUUGACACCAUUUGCUACGCCGGCGAGCGGUGUGCUUGCUGCGACAAAGGAGGCUGGUCGCUUUACAUCAAAUCUGUACGUGCAGUGGAGAAAGUGCUAG